AUGUCCGAGACCGUGGGACGCUCUGAAAAAUCAGCCAAUGUGAGGUUGCAUUCGCAGGUGGAAGAGGAGGACCGGGAAGAAGAGAAUAACUCUUCCUCUGAUGAUGAAUACGGCCCGGCUCUUCCUUCUGGCCCGCUGAAGAAGAAAAAGCGGAGAGAACUCCCUUAUGAAAAGCUCUAUAUCAAGGCCCUGCCAGCAUCUCCACGAUACUCCAAAUCGUUGAUGCACCGUGAUCAACUUGCCUACGUUACUGUGACACCACAUACAGAUUUCAUCAUCACAAGCUCAAUAGAUGGCGUGGUCAAGUUCUGGAAGAAAAUGGCAGUUGGUAUGGAGUUUGUGAAGGAGUUCCGCGCCCAUAUGGGUGAGAUCAAGGGGGUCAGCGUGACAUCGGAUGGACGAAGUUUUGCUACCAUUGGGACUGACAAGACUAUGAAAGUAUUUGAUGUGAUAACGUUUGACCUCCUAGCAGUCCUUAACCUCGACUUUAUUCCUAGCUGCGUAUGUUGGGUACACCAGCGAGGCGCGUCUCUACCUUUAUUAGCGGUGACCAGCGAAGAGGAUAAUACCAUUUUAAUAUUCGAUGGCCGAUGUGAGAAGACAACGCCUCUUCACAAAUUGAACUCAGUACACAGAGCACCCGUUAUUUCUAUGGCCUUUAACAACGCAUUUAAUUGCGUGAUAUCUGUUGACAAUAAAGGGAUGGUAGAAUACUGGCGUCCAGAUGAGCCAUUUGACAAACCGGAAGAGGUGUUUGAUCUGAAGUCAUCGACAGAUCUCUUCAUAUUCAAAAAAUCAAAAUCGGUACCGUCGUCAAUCUCAAUAUCUCCAUCAGGUCACCAAUUUGCAACGUUCUCAUUCCCGGACAGACAAGUCCGAGUCUUCGAUUUUGCUUCUGGAAAGCUAUAUCGAUCAUACGAUGAGUCCAUUCAAACAGUGACAGAGAUGCAACAGGCAGGAACUGCUCUUCAAAAGCUGGAGGAAGUCGAAUUCGGCCGUCGAUUGGCCACCGAACGUGAAUUGGGGAAUCCUGCCACUGCACCCAAAGUAAAUGUGAUAUUUGAUGAGUCUGGUCAUUUCAUAUUAUAUGGUUCAAUACUGGGUGUAAAAUGUAUAAAUACAUUUACAAAUAGGGUUAUCAAGGUGUUUGGAAAAGAUGAACCAUUCCGAGCGCUGAAUGUCGGAAUAUAUCAAGGUCAGCCGCAAAAGAAAGGAGUUGUGACCGUUUCCAUGGCCGCUAGUUCAAAUCCGCUUCUACAAGAGGCCGAAGAACGUGACCCGAUCUUGAUAGCCACUGGAUUUGCCAAAGUCCGGUUUUAUCUUUAUACCAACGAAACAGAAAUAUCAAAAACAACUCGAGACGUGCAGAACGAGAAGCCGAUACAUGAUAAAGGUGGUGCCGACUCGGUCGCAGCUGCAAAGCCUGCAGAAACUGGAACAUCCGCAAUCCUACACACCACUCUCGGAGAUAUUCACCUUCGGCUUUUCCCUUCUGUUGCUCCAAAGACGGUCGAGAACUUCGUUACUCAUUCAAGGAAUGGGUAUUAUAACAACACCAUAUUCCACCGUGUCAUUCGCAAAUUUAUGAUCCAAGCUGGCGACCCACUUGGGGAUGGUACCGGAGGAGAAUCCAUAUGGGGAGGGGAGUUCGAAGAUGAAUUCUCAUCUCUCAAACAUGACAAACCAUAUACACUUUCCAUGGCUAAUGCAGGGCCAAACACCAAUGCAAGCCAGUUUUUCAUAACGACGGAGAAGGCGCCUUGGUUAGAUGGGAAUCAUACCAUUUUUGGUCGGGCUGUGAAAGGCAUGGAUGUGAUACAUAAGAUUGAGAACGUCAAGACGCACAAGGAGAAACCCGAAGAGGAUGUAAAGAUUGUUAGCAUUAGCAUCAGCUAG